CGGUGGGCGGCUUGGUGAGCCGGGGCCGGGCAGCAGCAGAAGUCAGUUGGUCCUGUAGUACUUCUGAGUUACUGCUAGCAGCCAGUAGUGCCAGUUGGAGUACUCGUAUGUUGCCGUGCCGUUGUGUGUUACUUUCUGGCCGUUAACGGGAGCUCAGUUUGUCGUCGUUGGCGUGAUGGAACUGGACAAGAUGGACGAGAACGACUGGAAGUACCACGGAGAAGGAAACAAGAGCCUGGUGGUCUCACACGUACAGCUUUCCAGAGUUCUGCGCCUGCUCAAGUAUCCAGCAGAGGACUCUGAAAACCCGCCACAGACAGUGGAGCAGGCCUUCAGGCAGAUCCAGAACAUUGUUGACUUCAGCUCCAACGUGAUGAGCAGCCUGCUGGGAGAGAAGUUCAUCCACAGCGGGGAAGUGGUCAAACUGCCGCUAGAGUUUGUGCGACAGCUGUCAAUCAAAGUUCAACAUCAAAGACCAGCCUGGCGCUGUGAUAAGGUGAUGGACAUCUACAGCGGCUGUGCUCUCUGUCUGCCCAACCUGACAUCUCCAGUCCUCCACCAGCCAACACACACCCCUCCACUCUGCAUCGAGAUCAAGCCUAAAUGUGGUUUCCUGCCGUCCUCCAAACAUGUCAGCAAAGACAUCAAGACCAAAGUGUGCCGCUUCUGCAUGCACCAACACUACAAGGUGGCCAAUGGGAAGUGGAAGAGACGCAGUCUGUACUGUCCUCUAGACCUGUUCUCAGGGAACAGACAGAGAAUGCACUUUGCCGUCAGACACCUGAUAGAAGAACCUCAGAACAACUUCAAAAUCUUCAAGGGCGGUCAGUGUAUUUACAGCAGUAAGGAGGGCAGUGACGACUCGUUGGACCUGAACUCUCUGCUGUAUCAUCUCAGACCGUACUUCAUGUACGGAAACAACCGCUUCACCAGUCACAUGGCCAGCAAAGCUGUUUUGAACGACUUCAUCCAGGUCCUGGUGAACGCCCUGCUGAGUGGUGGAGGGGGAGAUGGAGGGGUGGUGACGGACAGACAAGGAGAAGGGCGCAGCUUCUGUGAAGCGAGUCUGUUCAACAAGGAGAGGAUUCUCCACGGCUCUCAGGGUUUACCCAGUGACAGUGUUUUGUUCAGGAUUCUUCAGACUCAGAUGUUGGACACACUGGACAUUGAAGGACUCUACCCUCUGUACCGCCGAGUGGAGCAACACCUGCAGGACUUCCCCAAGGAGAGAACUCGUCUCCAGAUAGACGGACCAUACAACGAGGCCUUCCUGGAGAAGCUGCAGAAAUGUCCGACUGAGGACGACAGCUCUGUGGAGUACGCUGUCGCCAAGGUCCAUCAGUACCGCGCCGCCAUGACAGUCAAGGACUGCUCCAUCAUGGUCGCCCUGGUGCCCAGCAGUGAGGAAGAGGAGGAUGAUGAAGGUCAGAGGCGGCUCAGGGACUUCCUCUCCUCCAGACCUCCUGCUUUCUCUUACUCGGUCUCCAUCUUGGAUCUGGACCCGAAGCCGUUCGACAGCAUCCCCCGCCAGCUGCGCCUGGACCAGAAGAUUGUCUCGUGCUACCUGAGGACUGGCGGUGCCUUGCCAAAGGGCUCUCUGCCGCCGCUCCCCGGCAUCUUCACAGCUGCUGAGAGAGAGGACUGCACGCUGCUCUUCCACCCUGUGUAAACGCCCGAUCAGAGCCGGACGACCCUGAAGAUGAAGACUAACUGACGCCACCCUGAUGCCUCACACAGAGGGGAGAGGUCUAGAAUCACGUCGGACCAGAGCUGCUUAUCCGAGACUUUACUGCAGCACUUGCUCUUCACUCCGCUCAUGUUGACAGUUAAUAGCUCUGGCUGCUGCUGCUCAGCAAAAUUUAAAUCUCCAGGAAGUCACAACUAAGUCACCAGACGUUUAAGCGACUUCCAGAUAUUUCUGUUACUGAUUCUUUGUGUUGUCGUGGCGACCGACUUCUCGCUCCUGUCAGGAGGUGAAUCCCAACAUCAUCGCUCUCUUCAUAUUUAUUAGAAAAACUCACUGGGAGGCUUUGUUCUUUCCUCUGGUGACAAGAGAGUUCGGAUUUGCCUCCCGAUAGGACUUUUACGGUCGUCGUGGCAACCAUCUCUGGCCGUUUUCGUUCUCCGUGGCGACGCUGCUGACAGCGAAGCUCUGAGAGAAAGAAAAAAGAAAGGAGAAUGGAAGUGAUGGAGAGAAAAGCAGGUUUUUGAGAUGUGACGUACGUUUGAUGUCAUUUCCUGAAUGUAGGCGGGGCCUCUGGUAGCGUCGGCACUGAGGCGGAGCCAAUAUGUAUGUGCAGGUUGAACUGAGUUCUGUGAAGCAUCACUAUGGUAACAGAAGCACUAGUUACCAUAGCCACAGCAACAGAGGAGGGGCGAAGCUAACAUGGCUGAUCUGAUCACCAAACGGUCGGUGUGAGUCUCGGCAACUAGACGGAGGAGAUGUUUGUUGUACCCAUAAUCCUUUGCAGACAUUUGUGUCCUGGAGUGAGUUUCAGGUCUCUGCUGGACCCCACGGAGGUUUUCAGUCCAGCUCAUCACACUGAUCAACUCAUAACUAUUUAAUUAAUGAGAUGAGGUGACGCAGUGUUUGGUUGUACUGAAAACCUUCAUGAACCAGGUGGAGAACCAGAACUGUGACAGUGAGCGACGAUUCACCUGCUCGCUCAGUUGGUGGCUGGAUGUUAACGCGUUCCCUCGUCAGGAAUUUGUGCCGAGAUGUCGAAGGUCAGAUGUUUGUGGCUUUAUUUUUCUCUGUCAGGUAAGAGAGCUGAGUGUCUGCAAAGAAGAGAAACUACUGUUUUUCUCUUUGGCCCUCUAGUGAAAUCGGUCCAGUUUUUGAGCUAUAUCUGUGUGAAAUUUCUGCCUCUGCUGCAAUACAAUGUCGUCUUUGAUGCUCACAGCUUUGAAAUUUUUAUCUCUUUUCAGAAACAGUGUCGCUGUAACUCUGGAUGAUACACAGACGACACUGGAGGCCGCUUUUAUAGAAACUAUUCAUUCUGAAGGAAAGAGUUAAAACUAGAACAGAGGUGUUGCUGUUGAAAUUCUUAAUGUCUUUUUCUCAACACAAACUAAAUUCCACUCACCUCUGUUGUAUUCGGGCUGGAGGCAGAAAUUCCAGAUAUCAAAACCUGGACAAAUGAGGACGAAACAAUCUCAUAGAGGUAUCAGUAGAGGGAAAAGAGAAAAUACACUCAGUGGCCACUUUAUUAGUGACACCUGUACAAUAUAAUGCAAUCCAGUACAACAGCUCUGUUAUAAAUUCUACCUUUACAAAACGUAUUUUUGUCUGUUGACACUGUCAGAGAGGCGUUAUUAUACCGAAAGGUGUUUCUAAUGUUUCGUCCGCCACCAACUAAAUUCUCAAUAAUUAUCAUAUAGUUAAAUUAACACCUCUUUGACAGUGUCACCAAAAACCGAACAUUAUGAGAUUCAUACAGUAAGGGUGGGAUUAGCGGCAGAGCUGUUGUGUUGGAUUGUAUUGUCUUACAUAGUACUGCGUGUAUAUAUUUAAGUAAUUUGAGUAAACUGACCCUUUUUAACGGUCCAGCUGCGAGCUCUGACCAAGCAGUUCUUGUAGAGUUCUUCAAGCAAAGAUGUUUGUUUCCAGUUGCCUUUUUCUGACAUAAAACCUCCUUUUGUGUUGAAAAAACACAUUAUUUUAACUCUUAUUGUUGUCAGAACAAGAUUCAGCCCGUUUUGUUGUAAGAAAAUCCGCGUUUCUGUAGUUGUCUAACAUUCUCGUUGAUUAACCUGGUGAUGCGUCGCUUUAUAAAAAGGUACGGUUACGUUACACUUCGGUCCUGCGAAUAUUUGCUCCGUCUCCCAAACCACAAAUUCAUUUUGUUUUGGUGCGGACUCACAGGUCAGAGUUCACCUAUGAUUUCACACAGCCGGCCAAUAGAAACACUGUGGUUGGAAAUGGAGAAGUCGGUGUGUCAUCACACUUCAUUGAACAGAAGACUAAUGUGACCGUACACUUGCAGAGCAGAAGAUUGUGAAGUGAAACGGGGAAAGUUAUAACAUGAGAUGAUUGAAAACAGAACAGGGAUGCGUUUGGUCUCCUUAGCAGAGGUCAGAGGUCAGCGUGUCUGGUCUGCUGUAGAUCCAUUUGACCCACCAGAGCAAGGGCUGCUGGGUAACAGAGAGCAGUCCUCUUCAGAUCAGCCGAGCUUCACGCUGCUGCUCCGCUGUUUUUGUGUGCCAUAAGUGGCUUGUAGUGUGUGUGUUUGUCCAUGUGCCUAAAUGUUCUGGUGGGACAGGAAGAAGGUGGUGGUGUGUUUGUGUGUGUGUGUGUGUGUGUUGAGAAAACUUAACUUUGUUACAGGCUGCGAUCCACUUUGGUUUGUCUCUACUCAGACAUGACAACUUUAGGAGCUGAUGUGGACGCAGCCGUGAACUCCCAGUACCUCGAACUCCUGACAACCCGAACCGAAGCUCGACAGGGUUGUCUGAUGUUUGAUAAACUAUGUGUUCAGGAGCGCCGGGAGGUUUCUGAGGGCGGCGAGACUUGUACCCAGUCUUUGUUACCAUCAGCAGAUGAGUGUUGACUGCAUUUCCGGGACUUGAGUCCGUUCGGGUCCAGAUGUUGUUUGUGUUGUCUCGGGUCUUGUCGUCGUCGUCAUCGUCAGGUACAAACUUUGUGACCUGUGAUUUCCUCUCCUGGUGAUCUCAUCGUCCUUUUUAAACCAGCAGCGCUUACGGAGGCUUCAGAUUUAAAAAAAAAAAAAAAAACUGGUAACACUUGACUUCAGUUCCUCUGUUUACAGUGUCCACUUUCCAACCUCCACAACCUCCAUCAGCCAAUCAAACGUCUGAAAUCAAAUCACACUACAAGACUGAAACUUCAGACAACGCUUCACACUUUGCUCUGAUCUCCCAUCAUCAGGUGUGUUGUCGUCAGCUGAUGAUGAACGGCUGCUGCCUCGUUUAUCAGCAGCAAGUUGCCAUCGCUGUGACAGGAGCGAUCGCGUGUCCACCCGGUCAGCAGCAGGGCGAUGUGGUCAGUAGUUCUGUUAAAUCCAAACACUAAAAAGGUUUAAAACGAGACAGAUUUCACUUCCCUUUCUGACUGACAUGCGACUUCGAUGCCUGGUUGUCUGGGAGACGGAGGAGUUGAAAGGCUGGAGAGUGGACCGCAGUGAACUGAACCAACCACUGAUCGUUCUAACUGUUGAAGACGCAACGGGCAGCAUGAGGGGAGAGCAGAGGCUCAUGGGAGUUAGAGGGAGGAGGGUGGGAUGUCUCUCUGCAGUUGUAGCAUCGUCUCAGAGUGUGACAGUCACAGAUUUGAUGUUACUGUGACUUUGGUUUGAUUAAUUUUGAAACUUCUAAACCGUUUAACUACUAUACAAACUUUACACCAAAGCAUCAGAUCAUUACAGCGUCCUUCUGUGUCGUAGCUGUGACAUUACUAUAAUACUAACCCUAAAACAUUUUGAUUUGGUUUUUAUAAUCUUGUCUGUGAUCACGAGAAAACCGCCGCAGUUUGUGUCUCAUCAUCAAGUCACGGAGCUAAACCCGUGUUUAUGGUUUACGAGGGUUCACGUUAUCACACAGCUCAAGACGGUUGUAUGUCCGUAGCGUGACGGUUAAAAAUACGGUGCAUUAACAACAUAACCAUUAAACUAGCGUUUGGUUACCUUGAAACAUUGUCAUGCCCUUGAAGAAGAAACGGGAGCGAGAGAGCACGGCGCAGGUAACGUUAUCCGAAAGAUAAAUCCCAGACGAUCUUUGAAAACGCAGAACAUCAUUUAACAACAACAUGUAUUUCCAGAAUCAUUGAAAGACUUUAUUCUGUCGACCUGGAUAAAAAAUAUUCUCUCAUGAUAAACUAAAGAUUUUAGUUGCAACUUUAUUUCCUUAUUAUGAAUGUAAAUAUAAAAAAGAAAAUAACAUUAAUACAGACAAAUAUGUGAUAAGAUUCUCUAAUUUUGUCGAGCUGUUCGUUGAGUUCCUUUCUGACCACGGAACCAGCAGGUGACAAAAACUCAACUCAAGGUCCACUUACUUGCUUGUUGUGGAGCUUUCAACUGUACUAUGCAUUCUUCAUCAGUAGAUUGAGUUUGUUAGUUGUCAAACUUUAACUUCAACAUGGAUGAGAAGUCCUAGAGGUGCUCAGAAUCAUGGGAAGUUUGAACGCCUACAUUUCCUUGAAAACUGCUAAUGAGGACUGUGUGAUAUGGUCAAAAGCUCCAGAACAAGAGAGUAAGUGGAUCUUGAGUUGAGAUAGUUUUAUCAGUUUAUAAAUUUGGUUCACGUCGUAUAAAUUGAAUAAAGUGAUGUGUUAUUUUCCAACUACCAUCUUUGUGUGGUUUGGGAAAUCUCUUCAAACGACCGUAUGGGUUUUUGAAAUAUUGUCUGGGAUUUAACGCAACGACAUGAGAGACAAACUGGGGCUAAAAACCAGCGUACGCACAGCUGAUACGAUUCUGUUUAAGAUUACAGAACAGCUGUUUUGUAAUUGAGAAAACAGACUUUAUUUAGACUUCUCAGUCCUCAGAGAGAGACGGAGCUCCGACAGGUGAGCUGGAGUCUGAUUGGUUGGUUGCCUCUGCCUCCGCCUGCUGCCUGAGCGUCAGCCUGCAGAAACAUCACAGCACUGUGAUACCUACAGACUUCUAAUAACUGCGUGUGGGUAAAUAGCUGGGAGAAGAAAACUAUUUGAAAAUACAAAGGCGACACUGCUGUCUGGCAUUUUGUAUUUAAAUUAUUUAUUUUUGUAGAUUUUGACCAAUGAGCUCUGCUGUUACAGCCGUCACAGUCGAGCUCUUUCUAUUGAAUAAAGAUUUCUAAGAGACUAAA